GAUUAGCACUAUGAUUAAGGUUUUUCUACUGGUUUUUGCUGGAGAGAAUAGCUUUGAUCAAGAAAUGAAGCUUGCUGGAUUUCAGCUGGAGGUGGUGAAAACAAAUUCUGCUGGUCAUGCAAGAAAACUUGCAGCAACUGUUGAUUUCAGCACUUGCCCUGAUGGUAUCAUAUGCGUCGGGGGUGAUGGAAUAGUGAAUGAGGUUUUAAAUGGUUUACUUAGUCGAGACAACCAAAAAGAAGCAAUUUCUAUCCCCAUUGGUAUUAUACCUGCUGGUUCUGAUAAUUCUUUGGUGUGGACUGUCCUUGGAGUUAGAGAUCCAGUGUCUGCUGCUAUAGCUAUUGUAAAGGGAGGGCUUACUGCUACUGAUGUAUUUGCUGUUGAGUGGAUUCAAGGUGGUGGCAUUCACUUUGGGACAACUGUGACAUACUUUGGUUUUGUUAGUGACGUUUUGGAACUCUCUGAAAAAUAUCAGAAGCGCUUUGGGCCUUUACGAUAUUUUGUUGCCGGCUUCCUCAAAUUCUUUUGCUUGCCAAAGUACAAUUUUGAAGUGGAAUACUUACCAGCUUCAUUAGAAGGUACUGGAGAUGGUAAAGGCCUGGUUGACCAGGAAGUAAUUGAUAUGGCAGACUUGUAUACUGACAUCAUGAGGAGAUCAAGCAAGGAGGGCCUUCCUAGAGCUUCUAGCCUAUCAAGUAUUGAUUCAAUAAUGACCCCAAGCAGAAUGUCUGGAGUGGACUUGGACGCUACCUCUGGUAGUGCUGAGCCAUCUGAGUAUGUACGUGCAAUUGAUCCAAAAUCAAAACGGCUUUCGGCUGGAAGAAAUAACACCACAUCUGAACCUGAAGUUAUCCAUCCUCAGCUACCACUUUCUUCAACUCCCAACUGGCCUAGGACAAGGUCCAAGUCUAGGACUGACAAAGGCUGGACUGGAGUGACUGCUGCUAAUGAUACGACGAGAUCUUCUUGGGCAAAUAAUGCUCCAAAUGAUAAAGAGGAUAUUUCUUCGACAAUGUCAGAUCCGGGUCCAAUAUGGGAUGCAGAGCCAAGAUGGGAUACUGAGCCUAACUGGGAUAUGGAAAAUUCUAUUGAAUUUCCAGGUCCAAAAGAAGAUGCAGAUGUUGCUGCCAAGAGGGAAAUUGCCCUCAAGUCUGAAGAUAAAUGGGUGGUCAAAAAAGGUCAUUUUCUUGGUGUGUUGGUGUGCAACCAUUCAUGUAAAACUGUUCAAAGUUUGAGUUCACAGGUGGUAGCACCAAAAGCUGAGCAUGAUGACAAAAACUUGGAUCUAUUGUUGGUUCAUGGAAAUGGACGGUUGAGGUUAAUCAGAUUCUUUUUGCGGCUACAAUUGGGUAAACACCUGUCACUGCCAUAUGUUGAAUAUGUUAAGGUAAAAUCAGUCAAGGUUAAACCUGGAAAGCACACACACAAAGGCUGUGGUAUUGAUGGUGAACUUUUCCCAGUAAAUGGGCAGGUCAUCUGUUCCUUACUACCAGACCAGUGCAGGCUUGUUGGUCGUACCCCUUGUAACACUUAACAAAUAAUAGCUGCAUCUCAUCUGUUGAUUUGGUAGGAGGCUAUACGGUGGCAUUUUGUUACACUUUUGAUUGAUGAAUAUGCUGGCAACUUUUGUACCAGAAAAAGUUACCCUUUCCAGUGUCGUACCAGUCCUUCCCGCCUUCUUUUGAGCAAAGUGAAAAUUGAGGUCCCUGUAAAUUCUGUCAGUUUAAUUUUUUUUGGGUUAAAUUUUUCGGUUCUUGGUCAAACUUCAGUUUUCUACUAUAAUUUAUAAUUGGUGGAAAUUUAUGUAUGUAUGUGCAAGUUUUAGUUUUCGGUGCUUGAGCUAGCUAUGUCUUCGUUUUACUUGUGGUAUUGAAUUGCUUCUGCUGUAUAGCAUUUAAUUCUGGAUUGAAUGAUGGUAUAUCAAUUUUUCUUCUCUUGGGAUUCA